CGAAUAACGGUGUCGUGUCGGUGCAUCAGUGACAGUUCGUGAUAUCAUUUGACAUAUAAGAAAUCGCAAAAAGGUUUCGAACCCCAACUCGAGUUUUAAAUCUUAACACGUUAUGUUUUCAACUUACUUAAUUUGAGAAAAAAAGGAAAAAUCUUCUAAAUUCUUGUGCGUCAAAACAAAAGAAUUUGAAAAAAAAAGUGCGGGUGUGUUCUGUGAUCAUUCUUUAUUUUCUGGUGUGUCUUUUCAACAAAAUUUAGUAAAACAUAAACAAAGAAAGAAAAAAUAAAAGAAUUAAAAAUGUUACAAUUCUAUCCGAUGCCAACGAAUUUGAACUCCGGAGUUGGUGGAGGUGGUGGAAUUUCUGGAGGAGGUGGAGGAUUGAGUAUUGGCGGAAGCCUAAUGAUGCACCACCAUCAGCAUCAUCAUGCGGCAAAUCGGUUCCUUGACGGCAACACAACCAAAACUUCGGACUGCAAUGGACGAACAGAGGUGGGCACAAUAAAAUGCGAAAAGAAUUACGAAAUUUGCGAAGGAUGUGGACAAAAAAUUCAGGAUCGAUAUUUGAUGAAUGUUGGCGACUCGAAUUGGCAUGAACAUUGUCUGGCGUGUUGUUAUUGUGGAACACAACUAAGUCAUACGUGCUAUGUGAGGAACUCAAAGCUGUACUGUAAAAUGGACUAUGAUAGAAUUUUCGGUGUAAAAUGCACCGGCUGCUGUCAUCCCAUCCUGCCACAUGACAUGGUUAUGCGACCUCAGAAUUAUAUCUUCCACCUCUCGUGCUUUGUGUGUUACGUGUGUCGACAGCCGCUGCAGAAAGGUGAACAGUUUCUGCUGCGGGAGGGACAGCUCUUCUGUUAUCGGCACGAUUUGGAGAAGGAACUCUACCUGGCGCAGCAUUGUGGCGAUGAAGAUGACAUCCUACGACCGAGAGAUGGACGACGGGGACCUAAGCGACCAAGAACUAUUCUAACGUCGCAGCAGAGAAAACAAUUCAAAGCCUCCUUCGAUCAAUCACCGAAACCCUGCCGUAAAGUUCGUGAAGCCUUAGCAAAGGACACGGGGCUGUCUGUGAGAGUCGUGCAGGUGUGGUUUCAAAAUCAGCGGGCGAAAAUGAAGAAAAUCCAACGGAAAUCCAAGCAGGAUGGUGAUAAGAAUUCAUCGGACAAAGAUAAGGACGACAAGAGUGUGAAACAAGAAUCUUCAGGAAGUGAGAAUGGCUACUUAGGGUCAUUCUCAACACAACCUUUAAAUCCCAACCUGCCUUAUUCACCAGAUGAUUAUCCAGCGAAUUCAAAUGACAGCUUCUGCAGUUCUGACAUCUCACUAGAUGGCAGUAACUUCGACCAUUUAGAUGACGAUGGUGAUUCACUUUCAUUGCAAAAUCUCGAAUUACAAACGUCUGGAACACAACAACGCAUUUCAAAUGGAACCUCAACGCAUGACACAUUAGCGGGUCUUAAUUCACAUAAUAUAAUUAAUCCAAUUGAUAAAUUAUAUCUUAUGCAGAAUUCAUAUUUUAAUUCAGAACAAUGAAAUUAAAAGAUGAUUAUGUAAAAAAUUAUAAUUCAAAACAAUAGUGCCAUACAAAAAAAAAAAACAAAAACAAAACAAAAAGUAAACUUAUGUUAAUUAUUUAAAGCAAUGCAAUAAAAUAGAAUUUAUAAUUAUAUAAAAAGUUUGGGCCGAGAAAAUACGAAUUUAUUAGAAUAGAGGGAGGAAAUGUGGUAAUAAUA